AACGUCCGUCGUCAGGACGUACGGUGGCAUAGACAGAUACCUACGCAGGAGAGUUCAUUUGUUCCAGCCAUGGAACCCUCACUGACUGGCAACUCGUCCACCCCAGAACCCGGCCCUUCGUCACCCACCGUCCUGAGGGUGGGUCCGUCCUUGUCCAACUCAUCUGCUGCCACAGCCACAUCAACCCCAGACCAGCCUAAGCCUAAAUUCACCAUGCCAACCCCUCCAGCCACACCUUCACCUUCUCCAUCCACUACCUCCCCUCAGACCUUUCCCAGCCUUUCUUUGCGCUCUUCCUCCCUUUCCAUGCCACCUUCCUCACCUUUCCGCCAGCCCAUCAGGAGCCUCUCUCAGGCGGGCAGAUCUCAGCUUAAUGCAGGCUCUACAAGGAGUCCUCUAUCUAGAUCCUCAUCUGCUGGAGCUGCCGUCACAGCUCCACACCCUCCUCCCACACCUGAAUCAGAGGAGCCAGAGGAGGAGGUCAGUUUUGAAGAUCUGGAGGAGAGAGCAAAGUCAGGAAAUGCUAAAGCACAGACCAAGAUGGGGCGUUACUUCCUGGCACUGGCGGAAGAAAGAGAUGAGGAGCUGAACAACUGUACAGCGGUCACUUGGCUGGUCCAGGCUGCUAAACAGGGCCGCAAGGAUGCCGUCAAACUGCUGCAGCAGUGCUUAGCCUCCAGAAAAGGCAUCACAUUAGAGAACUUUGAGGAGGUGAAGAAGCUGUGUACAGAGUCACGCUUUGAGAGAGGAGUUAGGAAAGCAGCUCUACUAAUGUACUGGAAGUUGAACCCAGAGAGGAAGAAGUCAGUGGCCAUUUCUGAAAUGCUGGAGAACGUCGAACAUGUCCACAUAGAGCCAGGGAAACCUGCAUCCCCUGGUCCACUUAACAGCUCUGCCAAGAAACAGAGGAGAGUCCUGGAGACUAUGGUCACCAGUGAGGCCACUUCCCAUGUUGGUCUUGAUGACUUUGUUGAGAUGACUAAGAAGUAUGCUCAAGGUAUUGCACCAUCACCAGUCAUGGCUACAGCAGGAGGUGGUGACGAAGAUGACGAUGAUGAUGUAGUAGUGAAGAACCCAGAUGAACUGCCCCUGCACCAGAAGUUGCUGAAGUUCCCUCUGUACGCUCUGCUGGAGAUCAAGGAGCACCUCAUCGACUGGGCGUCACGAGCUGGCAUGCAGUGGCUCAGCACCCUGAUCCCCAUCCACCACGUUAACGCACUUGUCUUCUUCUUUAUCAUCUCCAACCUCACAAUCGAGUUCUUCAUCUUCCUCAUUCCUCUUCUGGUUUUCUACCUCUCAUUCUUCUCCAUGAUCAUCUGCACACUGCGUGUGUUCCAGAAUUCAAAAGCAUGGGAAAAUUUUCGGGCUCUGACGGACUUGCUGGCUCACUUUGAACCUGGCCUCGAUCUAGAGCAGGCUGAGACCAACUUUGGAUGGACGCAUUUGGAGCCUUAUCUGUACUUCCUGCUCUCGGUGGUCUUUGUGGUUUUCUCCUUCCCUGUUGCGGAUAAAUCCUGGAUCCCCUGCUCAGAGCUGGCUGCGGUUGCUCUCUUCUUCACCGUCACCGCCUUCCUCAGCCUUCACGCCUCAGCUCAGCUCUUUGCUCGUAAAGCCCUCCUCACAGAGGUCCUCUCUGGUGCGUGCACCCUUGCUCACUUCCUGCCAGACUCGCUCUGGUUCCUCAGGGUCUUUGUGAUGACCUUCAUCACAGUGCCUCUUGGGGAUAUAGUUGCAUUAAACCUGGGGGUGCCGUGCUUGCUGUAUGGACACCUUUUUUAUCUUCUCUUCCGUAUGGCCCAGCUGAGAGGCUUCAAGGGCACCUACCUGUGCUUGGUGCCCUACCUGGUUUGUUUCACCUGGUGUGAGCUCUGUUUGGUGUUCCUUAAUAAUGCCACUGCAAUAGGGCUCAUCCGCACCUUUGUGGGAUACUUCCUCUUCUUGUUUGCUCUUCCUGUGCUCUCACUGGGCCUGGCUACAAUGCUUAUCAUCCAGUUACUGCAGUGGUUCCUCGCUCUGGAGCUGGCUAAGAUGGUGGUCACUCUGACGGUUUGUUUUGUGCCAGUAGUGUUGAGGCUUUGGACCCGCUUUAGCCUCAACCCCAUUGCGGUCUUUCGGUCUUUGUCACGUAGCAGCAUUGUCAAGCUCAUCCUGGUGUGGCUCAGUGCGAUGGUGCUCUUCUGCUGGAUGUACAUCUACAGGUCCGAAGGCAUGAAGGUUUAUAACUCCACCCUGACGUGGCCUGAAUAUAGCAAUCUCUGUGGUCCUCUGGCCUGGAAGGAGUCCAACAUGGCUCAAACUCAGAUUCUCUGCUCUCAUCUCGAAGGACAUCGAGUUACCUGGACCGGACGCUUCAAAUACGUCCGUGUGACAGACAUUGAGAAUGGGCCGCAGUCAAUUAUCAACCUGCUGCCUUUGCUUGUGGGGAACUGGAUGCGCUGUCUGUAUGGUGAGCCAUAUCCUUUGUGUGAGGAGGUAAAAAACUCAACGGCUGAGCCCCAGCCUCUGCCUGCCCCAGCUCCCCCUCCAGAAAACCCCCUCUGUAAACUUAAAAAACUGGCCAAGAAUGAAUGUCACAUCAGACGCUUUGAUCGAUACAAAUUCGAAGUCACAAUGGGCAUGCCACUGGAGAGGAAGACCAAGAAUGGAAUAAUCGUAGAAGAUGAAGAUGCCACUAAGGACAUAGUCCUGCGGGCUAGUAAUGAGUUUAAGUCCGUACUCUUGCACUUAAACACUGGAAGCCUGGUGGAGUUCAGUACCAUACUGGAGGGACGUCUAGGCUCCAAAUGGCCCGUGUUUGAACUGAAAGCCAUCCACUGUGUGUCAUGCGGCGAUGCCAGCACACCCAGCCGCAGGCAAUACAAAAUCGAACAUGACUGGAGGCGCACAGCUCAGAAUGCGCUGCAGUUUGGUUUUGACUUCUUCUUCAACCCCUUCCUGACGGCUCAGCUAGAGCACUCGGAGACCGAGACUGACGCAGAGACUGUGACACAGGAGGGGAAGUAGAGGGAACGAUAUCUGACAAACACACAUCUGGGAGAAAUGUAAAACUGAUGCAAAGGUGUGUGUAAUGAUACUAUGUUCAGCUGAAGAACAUUAAUGAUUGUACACUUCUGUUAACAGAAUCCAAUUGCUGUACUGGUGAUUACAGGGGAGGGUGGACAGAUACUCCGACAUUUGAGUUUGUGCGUUUGCAUGCAUUUAGUAUUUGAGCCAAAAUGUGUGAGAAUAUAUAAUAUAAUGAAAUGAAUUCUUCAGAGUAAAAAAGUUUUUACUGCCUAACACUAAAGUAAGAAAACUGAUCUGAUCUAAACCUCCUCAGCUUCAGUCAUUCGUGCAUUGUUGUCAGCGAAGUCAUUGAUUUUGUUUGCUUGCGUUCGCACACUAUGUCUGCACACAAUUAUAUAAGACAGUAAAAAAAUAGUCAAGUUCCUGGUUGAAGAGUGCCUGCAAAUUAUCGAAGGACAAGUUUUUUUUCAAGAUUGUUAUUCAAAUAACUGUGACAAUUCAUUUACUGUCAAGCUUUAAUCAUACUACAUUAUAUAGUACUGUACAUGUCCUGUAUGUAAUUUUAAAAUAAUUGAUAUUGGAAAUUUAAGUGCCUUAUAAGACAAUGUCUUAACAGUAAUUUGUUAGAGAACAGACAAUCGUUUCUCUGUCCCUUCAGAUUUAAAACACUCACCUGGAUCUGUGCUUGUAGUCAUUACAGGGCAGUUCUCUGGUUGUCCACUAUCGUCGUUCACAUCUUUUUCUUUUUCUCCUCUGGCUGUUUGUUUCCAUCUCUGCUGUGCAGGGAUUUAAUAUAUUGAACAUUUUCAGUCCCUGAGUAAUGAUGCGUUUUAAGAUAGGAUGUCACUACUGUUUUCUGUACCGUGACCCAUAAAUAUGAUGAAAACAUUUACUUGCUAUUGUUAUUUAAAAUUUAUUUAGGAUUUAUGUGAAAGAAAUAAACUUUUAAGGUUCUGAGAAGCUAUUAGUCCUGCCUCUGUAGGUAAUAAUUAAUGGUCUUACUCACAUGAGAUCACCAUUUCAAUGCAGCGUGCUUUUCGUCACUGAGGAUGUUUUGACAUAUCACGGUAGAAAAAGCACUGGUGUUAGAAAAAUAAAAACAGUGAUGCUUGAAAUUCAUUGUCACUUCAGUUUCCCGGUCCAAUUUUGAGGUAUGUGUACUUCACUCGAGUAUUUUCAUUGUUUGCUACAUCAUACUCCACUACAUUUAUUGGAUAACUUUAGUUACUAGUUACUUUUCAGAAUCAA